GUGACAUUGAAUGGGGAGACCGAGCGCGAGCGAGGCGCGCGCGCGCACACGCGCACUCACGGCCCCGCUCGCUCCGAGAUCCCCGGCCACGACGAGAUCCAGUUCUCCAGCGGGAAAGGGGCAAAGGAACGCCGCGCGUUGGAAGGGCCAGGGACGCAGCUCCCCUUGCAGCGCCCGCAGGACCCCCGCAAGCUCGUGCCGGCGAAAUCGGAGACCGCCGAUCUGUCCUCGUUCUCUCCUGCACGUCUGGCUGCAUUCGGAGGAAGACCUGGGGCGCGAGCGAGCGGCGACAGCAUGAGCCUGUGCUGACCUCCGCGCGGCGGGCCGAGCCCAGGGCUUUGUCGCGGUACCUGCGCCCAGCCCGCGCCGCAACUCUGUGCCCAGCUUUUGCAAUCUUUUGUUGGCAGCGCUGACCGCACCAAGUUAAAUGCUCCCUUGCAAUUUUUCUUUUUUUUGUUUGUUUGUUUAAUUUUUGGAGAGCUCGCGAUCUUGGAAAAGCCUCAGACGCCAUCUACAGUUAAAACGUAGGUAACUGCCCUCUCCCGCACCCCCCCCUUACACGCCCCCCACCCUUUCCACCAAAAAAAGGGGGUGCAGCGCGGAUUCUGGCUGCCGUGCGUCGCCAGCCGGUAGACCCGUGCUUGUUUCCUUUCUCUUUUUGUUUGGCUUCUAACGCGUUGGGACUGAGUCGCCGCCGUGAGCGCCCCGAAGACUGCACAAACUACCGCGGGCUCCUCCGCCCCGUCUGCGAUUCGGAAGCCGGCCUGGGGGUCGCGUCGGGAGCCCUGGCGCUGCAGCUCCGCACCUUAGCAGCCAGGGUACUCAUCCAGAUCCACGCCGGGGACACACACACAGAGUAACUAAAAGUGCGGCGAUUCUGCACAUCGCCGACUGCUUUGGGGUAACAAAAAGACCCGAGUUGCCUGCCGACCGAGGACCCCCGGGAGCCGGGCUCGGAGCAGACGAGGUCUACCCCCAUCACAAUAGCGAGAUAUGGGAGAUCGCGGAACAAAACCCAGGAUUUCGAAGAGUUGUCGUCUAUAAGGUCCGCGGAGCCCAGCCAGAGUUUCAGCCCGAACCUCGGCUCCCCGAGCCCGCCCGAGACUCCGAACUUGUCGCAUUGCGUUUCUUGUAUCGGGAAAUACUUAUUGUUGGAACCUCUGGAGGGAGACCACGUUUUUCGUGCCGUGCAUCUGCACAGCGGAGAGGAGCUGGUGUGCAAGGUGUUUGAUAUCAGCUGCUACCAGGAAUCCCUGGCACCGUGCUUUUGCCUGUCUGCUCAUAGUAACAUCAACCAAAUCACUGAAAUUAUCCUGGGUGAGACCAAAGCCUAUGUGUUCUUUGAGCGAAGCUAUGGGGACAUGCAUUCCUUCGUCCGCACCUGCAAGAAGCUGAGAGAGGAGGAGGCAGCCAGACUGUUCUACCAGAUUGCCUCGGCAGUGGCCCACUGCCAUGACGGGGGGCUGGUGCUGCGGGACCUCAAGCUGCGGAAAUUCAUCUUUAAGGACGAAGAGAGGACUCGGGUCAAGCUGGAAAGCCUGGAAGACGCCUACAUUCUGCGGGGAGAUGAUGAUUCCCUCUCCGACAAGCAUGGCUGCCCGGCUUACGUAAGCCCAGAGAUCUUGAACACCAGUGGCAGCUACUCGGGCAAAGCAGCCGACGUGUGGAGCCUGGGGGUGAUGCUGUACACCAUGUUGGUGGGGCGGUACCCUUUCCAUGACAUUGAACCCAGCUCCCUCUUCAGCAAGAUCCGGCGUGGCCAGUUCAACAUUCCAGAGACUCUGUCGCCCAAGGCCAAGUGCCUCAUCCGAAGCAUUCUGCGUCGGGAGCCCUCAGAGCGGCUGACCUCGCAGGAAAUUCUGGACCAUCCUUGGUUUUCUACAGAUUUUAGCGUCUCGAAUUCAGGAUAUGGUGCUAAGGAAGUGUCUGACCAGCUGGUGCCGGACGUCAACAUGGAAGAGAACUUGGACCCUUUCUUUAACUGAGCUCAUGCCCCACGGAGACUUAGCAGGUUCCAGGAGUGAGCGAGGGCAGCGGAAAGGAGUUCUUCCAGGGGACACGAAUUGCCUGGCUGAGUAGCAAGAAAGACACUCACACUCUUAAGUUUCUUGGUUCAGAGCAGGAAAACCUUCAAGGAGCUGACUGACCACGUAGCAUGGGGGCAAGAGGCGUGGGAUGGGGAUUGGGGUGAGAUGGAUGGGAGCCCGCUGGAGCUUGUCUUCCCUAACAUAGCCUGGGAGACCACCCCUUGCCACUUGGGCCACUUCCACCUACCCCACUUUUCAUUUUGUUCCAAAAUAGUUGCAGAUCCUGACAGAAUCAAAACUCUCUGCCUCAAACACACAUCCUGGCAUCGCACUGUUAGCAUUUAACUUCUUGUUAGGAUUCAGGGAAGGAACAGUUGGCCAAGAUUUUUUUUUCUUUUAAACAAGCCAACCACCUAGCUGGUAAUUAAUGAGGUUCACUUAAAAAAAAAAUUCGGUGCACACAGACUGACAUGAAACCUGGGUGCUACAGUAAAAGAAAACAAAAGUCCAGUUUGUGUCUCUUAAUCGCUCACUUCAACUCAUUUCUUCUAAAUAAACUAUUUAAUAUCCUGGUCAGGAAAUGACAUGUUAAUGCUUUGCUCCCUGAAGGGGGAAAAAAUCUGUCCUUUAACAAGCUAUUCUGUUUUGUGUCAAUUGGUUCGUGGCAGGAAGCUAUUAGAAGUCAAACGUCCAGAUGCAUUACUGCUAUCUUAGUUUAAAGGGGGAAAGAAAAGGGAAGAAGAAAGGAAAAGAGAAAUCCAACUCCUUUUUCAUGUUUUGCUUUUGAACAAUGAGGGUUUGUGUGACAGGCAUUCCUCUUUGCUGAGAUGAUAGCAAUGGCCUGAGAUUUUAGCAAGCUCCUGGAGUCUGAUGCUUUUGCAGUACUCUGAUCGCAACUAAACAUUUGUCUUUGUUUUAUUAGAAACUAGUGAAACAAAGCAGGUUGUCCCACAUGUAUAAAAUACAGGGCAGCUAUUUAGUUUUCUUUACGGAGAAUGAUCCUUUUGGCUUGUAAGGCCCUCUGGUUUGGACAAAAACCCUCAGUAGAGACAAGCGGGAAGGAUAAUUAGCUGAAAGCUAUGAUGAUAUAAAUAAAAACAGCUCUCUAUCCCAAUACGCACCUUUGUAUUUUCAAGAACUCUUCUAUUUAUUAAGGAAAAUGUCACAUUGUGAUGUAUUAAGCCAGUACUUCAAUUACGGGUUGACUUGGGAUGACAUAUUACAUGCUGUAGUUAACAUUUAUAAUUCUUUUUCCUUGUUUGAGUAUUUCUGUCUCUGAAAUAACCUUUUACUUGGCUUUUCUAGAUAGCUUUAUUUGAUUUCGAGUGGCAAAAUGUUUUUUAUUACGGCUUUUCUAUUGCUGUAUGAUACAGAACUCUUUUGGCAUAAAUAUUUGUGUUCCCAGUACCUCACUUGUUCGGAUUUGACUGCCUGUAUAUGUUUUGUGAAAUGGUCCUGUUUUUGGGUAGGUGACACGUGGACUCUAGUAUGUAAAUGUUACUUGAAUCUGUGCUUCAUAAUAGUGUGUGGCAUGUAUGUGCAGACUCUUGGAUGCUUUAUGCCUGCGCAGCAGGAGCCCUGUCCUCACAUUCCCAGGAGGGCGGCUUCACCCUUCGUAACCAGGAGACAAGGCGGCCAUGGAUUUGCCCUUGAUUCUAUUUUGCUAAUGGAAGAUAGAAAGGAGAGAAGGUUUUUUUUUUUUUUUUUUUUUUAACAUUCUGAAGAUGGUGCUGUGUCAAGAAGGACCUUUUUUUUCCCCCUCUCCCCUAUUUUUUAAGUACCUUGGAGGAGGAGAGGUUGGUGACAUGCAUGGUGGGGAUCUAUGGCCUCUGGUGCUUUGUCCUGUAUUUGGUUUAACGUUUUUGUCCUAAUCUCUUCAAUCAAUAAAAUUGUGCGUAUUUAACUAAAA